UUACUAUUAUCCUAAUCAUUAGGUACUCCGCAUUAAUACAAUAUCUAUCCAAAACUGUAGGAACUCUGCGCUGUUAAACACAACAAUUACACUUGCAAGUUAAAUUAGAAAAAAAAAACAUUACUUUCAUAAAUGAUGCGCGGGAAUCAUUAAUCAUCAGAAUUUACUAAUAGGUAACCUUCGCCUGUACCUAUAUAAAAGCAGACAUUUUUCAAAAGCGAACUAUCAGUCUUGAAAAAGUCCAUACAAUAAGUAGUGCAAAAAAGGAAAGAAUCAUGAAAGUUUUGGUUUUCAUUUGUUUUGCAGUGUUUUACACAAAUGCUACUAAUAUUAGUCCUGAAACACUGGGAAAAAUCAUACAAAAAUCUAAAGAAAUAGUAAAGCCUUGCCUAGAAAGAACCGGCGCCACUGAAGACGAUUCAGUCGAUUUCAUGGCUGGAAAGGUACCAACAACCAAAGAAGGAAAGUGUAUGAUUGGCUGUUUCUUCAAAGAAGCUGGUCUAGAAUAUGACAAUGGCCAGCUAAAAGAUAAAAACGGAUUUCUCGACGUAAUUAAAACUGAAGAUCCCGAUUUUUAUGCCGCAAAAAUGAAAAUUAGUCAGGAAUGUCAUUCUGAAAUACCAGAAUCAGAUGAUGAGUGUGAAUAUAAUACAAAACUGUUCGAAUGUAACGUAAACAAGUCAAAAGCAGCCAAUAUUCCAUUUUCUUUGUUAUCGCGCUAGCAAGAAGGCUGAAGAAAAUAACUCCAUUUUUUAAUCAAUUGUGAAUUAAUAUUUACAUGUGUUAAAUAUUGUUGAUAAUUAAAUUACAAUUACAA